CAUUGGGGUCUCUCUUCUCCCCCUUGACCCAUCAAACAUCUCAAUCUGAUAUUUCUCUCCCAUGAUUGCGAUGGUGCUGCAGUUCGUUCCUGACAAGACAAUGUCAUCCAUGAUUCGUAAGCACCAGGCUUAGUGGGGGGUUUUCUAGACGGUUGGCUAGACAUAGCAUACUACAUUCAUCAUGUUCGAGAAAUCACUGGUCGACCUUAUUCGAGGCCUUCGUGGUCACAAGGGCAAUGAAGCCGAAUACAUUCAGAACGCGCUCAAAGAAUGCCGCAACGAAAUCCGAUCCCAGGAUUUGGAUGUGAAGGCAACCGCCUUGCUCAAGCUCAUUUAUUUGGAGAUGUUUGGCUACGAUAUGACUUGGGCUGCUUUCAAUGUUCUGGAGGUCAUGUCAUCUCCCAAGCCGAUGCAAAAGCGAGUCGGUUAUCUCGCUGCCGUUCAGACUUUUGGCCCAGAGACCGAAGUAUUGAUGCUGGCUGAGAAUCUCCUCAAAAAGGACCUUACUUCGCCAUCAAUUCCAAUACUGUCUCUUCCACUGAUAACACUUCCACACAUCAUCACCUCUUCAUUGGCGCUGUCCAUUCUAACCGACCUACUUCCUCGUCUUUCUCAUUCUCAACCUGCAGUGCGCAAGAAGACCAUCGUCACGCUGUACAGGUUAGCCCUAGUGUAUCCGGAGACUCUGAGGGUGGCCUGGCCAAAGAUCAAAGAACGUUUACUGGAUGAGAAUGAAGACAGCAGUGUCACUGCGGCGACCGUCAAUGUCGUCUGCGAACUGGGCUGGAGGAGACCUCAAGAUUUCUUACCGCUGGCUCCAAGACUCUUCGACUUACUGCUGGCUCAGAAGAAUAAUUGGAUGGGCAUCAAAAUAAUAAAGCUCUUUGCUGUCCUCACCCCUCUUGAGCCGAGAUUGGUCCGCAAGCUCGUCAGGCCGCUCACAAAACUGAUUCAAGAGACUACUGCCAUGUCACUCCUCUACGAAUGUAUCAGCGGCAUUAUCCAAGGGGGCAUCCUUGAUGGUGCCGAAAGCGGCGUUGAUGUCGAGGAAGUCGCAGAUCUUUGUAUCUCAAAACUAAGAGGGAUGAUCGUCGUUGACGGAGACCCGAACCUGAAGUAUGUGGCACUUCUAGCGUUUACCAAGAUCGUUUCCUCGCAUCCAUCACUUGUUGCCAUGCAACAAGACGUCAUCAUGGCUUGUCUUGAUGACCCCGAUAUCUCAAUCAAGAUGCAAGCUUUAGAACUGGUCUCUGGAAUGGUUAAUAGCGACAAUCUCCAGGACAUUGUCAACAAGCUCAUGAAGCAACUUGCCACUUCACCUUCCUCGAAUCCUGACAAUGAUCUACCCGAUGAGUAUCAGACCGAUCUAGAACAGCGUCUCGUACCUGACAAGCGAGGCUCGGAGAUGGCACCAUUACCUGAUGAAUAUCGCCACGAGAUCAUUUCUAGGAUACUUGGAAUGUGCUCUUACAACACAUACGCCAACAUUGUCGACUUUGAGUGGUAUGUUGAGAUAUUGGUCCAUCUUGUCAAACACCUUCCUAUAGAGAAGCCAGACGCAUCAACUAGCAUUGGAAGUGGGCAGUCAUCCACUUUGGCUAGUCGUGUCGGAUUUCAAUUGGUCGAUAUCACGAUACGUGUGCAGGAGCUUCGCCCUGAGUCGACCAAAGCGGCAGAGACACUUGUUCUUUUGUCCAACAGAGCGAUUGCCUACCCGGCGCACGGAUCAGGACAGGCACAGAUUCUAGCCUCUGCGGCAUGGGUAUGCGGCGAGUUCUCGCAAUAUCUCUCCAACCCUUACGAGGUGCUCAAUUCAUUGAUACACGAGUCAUGCGAAGGCUUAUCUCCGGACACAUUGGCAAUAUUUGCUCAGGCGAUUCCCAAGAUGAUUUCUCGCAUUGCGUCCAAUUUCAGCAAAGAAUGGAAUGCGUCCAGGGCAAGCACAAUGUCACUCGUGCUUGCACGAACAACUGGAUUUUUAGAGCGACUUUCAUCACAUCCGAAUCUCGAAGUCCAAGAACGAAGUGUCGAAUUUUUGGAGCUCCUUCGGCUGGCUGCAGAAGCCCUAUCGUCACAGAACAGUGAUAGUGUGGAAGCCCCAUUGCUAUUGACUUCGGCCAUCCCCACACUAUUUUCGGGGAUGGAUUUAAAUCCGGUAGCUCCAACGGCCCAGAAGAAGGUCCCCCUACCCAGUGAUCUCGAUCUAGACGCGCCAAUCAAUCCAGAUCUUGCUGCUAUCCUCCAAGACUCGCAGAUCGCCGACGACGACGAUUCGUCAGACUUUGCGCUUGGCAAAUAUUAUCAUGACCGAGAGGCGGCACCAGUGGCGCCUGUCGUGCAGCUUUCAGCGAGCACAGCACGUGCAGUCGAGCCAAGUGAGAGUGAACCAAUAUCAUACCAAUCAACACCGGACUCACCAGCAACAUUGGCACGUCGAAAGGCCGCACGGAUGAACCGCAACCGGGAUGAUCCAUUCUACAUUGCAGCUUCGGGCGAAGACAGUCCGCGAAUUCACGACAUCAUCAGCAAAGCAAACGAAGGCGAACAAUUUGACAUUGAUUCGAUCCCCAUUAUCGAUCUGCAAAUUGAGCACGGGCCCAGCGGUCCAAGUAGUGGGUCAGCUCCUGACCAUGGACUUCGUACAGGCAGGAAGAAGAAACCAGCUCGAAAAUUUGUCGUCGCAGCCGACGAGAAUCUCGAUAUUGCCGACGGCCAGUCUCUAUCACAUCCGACAUCCCAGACAGGCUCAUUAUCCGCAACACCAGAUGCACGGACGAGGUCGCUCAGCCCAAUGCCACAACAGUCGCGGCGUCAAACCCGGCCGACGCGGAAUCUCCUAACUGUGGAUUCGUCGACUUUGCAAGAACUUAGCUUGGAAGGUGGACAAGGAGAGAGUGAAUUGGAGAUUCUACGGCGAGAAGCAGAGGAAUUGGAGAUGACUUUGGCGUUGAGGGAGGUGGAGAAGAAAAGACUGGAGAUGCAGAGAGAAAUGGAACGGAGCAUGACUACGAUGGGCCAAGGGGUCGAUGUGGAAGGAACGGUGGUGAGAAGAAAGAAGAAAAAGACUAGUAAGCGGACUAAGGUGGGCGACGCUGAGGGUGAAGGCGAAGGCGACGGCGAGAGUGCGGGCGCAGCAGGAGGCGGCGUGUCACAGCCCAAACGAAAAUCCAAGAAGAAGGUCGAUCCCAAUGCUGCAACAGGGGUCGGUGACGGUGAUGAUGACACAGCCGUCGUCAAGAAGAAGACAAAGAAGAAGAAAAAGAUCAAAGGCGACAAGGCCGACGAGACCGAGGCGGUGCCUGAUGCUGAGGGUUGAUCUGUAUCACGCAUGUCAUGAUGACCAGAAAGGAAACAACAGACUACCAAGUACGCCCGCCGACUACCAGUUAUUACACUUGAGAUAUGAAACGAUCUGAUAUGUCGUCACGAUCAAAGAUUUCUUAUGACUGUUGUUGUAUAUCUAUUUUUCUUUGUCAUCUGUGAAUGUGUGGUGAGGGAUCAGAGGUGGCAAGCCUUCAAGCUAUGCUGUGGACUUGGAUUGGAGUCCAUUGAUAUUCUAUCGAUAUCGAUAUGAGUACAAUAGGA